ACCUUCUUAAAGCGGUGAUCGUAGGAAAAUUGCUGCUACGAUUUAGAAAAUAGAGAAAGAGAAGACAAUUAGUUGAGAUUACACAGUUUCCGUGUGACUUAAUUUGUUAUUUAGACCUGCGUUUCUGUGUUAGGUUAUCUCACAAUAGUGUGUGUUUACUAAAAAUUACUUCCAACAACACAACCGGCAUACGAUUUGUUAUUCGCUGGGUGGGCAUUAUCCCCAUUCCCCAGCUAGUUAGCUAGCUAGCGAAAGGUGCUAAGCUAGCUAGCUAACUAACGUGAAGCAGCUGUUUGUCCGUUAGCAUCAGUGGUUGUCGCACCAUUUAACGUGAGAAUCAUUGUUGGGCUAGAAACAGUCUAACCUGCCAUUAGUCAUGGAGAAAGAUGUAUGUGAACAGCAAAAGAAUGAUGAUGCAGCUGUGGAACCGCCCAAGCAACAGCCAGUAGCCACAGCUCCAUACAGAUACACCAAGGAUGAGCUUCUGCACAUAAAAGAACUGCCAAUCUCCAAUGAAAGACCUGAAUGUCUCUCACAGAAAUAUGACAGUGAUGGUGUUUGGGACCCAGAGAAAUGGCAUGCGUCACUGUACCCCACCUCAGAGCGGAGCUCUCCUGUGGAAGGUUUUAAGAAGGACUACAUGGAUGAUAGAGUUCCUUUAAAACGAAGAAUCACAGAUCCCCGUGAGCGGUUAAAGGAGGAUGAUUUAGAUGUCAUACUGAGCCCACAGCGGCGAAGCUUUGGAGGUGGUUGUCAAGGCAAUGCUGCCCCUGCACCCCAUGGCCGUCGGCCAGUCAGCCCCCUGGAAAAUAAGGAAAAUGAGAACCUCCGUCUAGGAGGUGCUCGGAGAAUCGGCAGUGGACGCAUUAUUGCAGCCCGCGCCUUUGAGAGAGAAGCCCGUGCAGAGAAAGAGAGGGAACGUGAGAGAGACUUUAAAGAUAAAAGAUUCAGGAGAGAUUUUGGUGACAAACGUGUGUUUAGUGAAAGGAGAAGAAAUGACUCUUAUGCAGAGGAGGAGCCAGAGUGGUUCUCCGGGGGUCCCACCAGCCAGUCUGAGACGAUUGAGCUUACUGGAUUUGACGACAAAAUCCUAGAGGAUGAUAAACGCAAAUCAAAGCGAUCAAGGAAGCGGACGGAGUCUGUUAAAGAAGCAGUGGAAUGUAAUGGUGGGCUAGUGGAGGAUCAAGAAGCAGGCUUGCAGCCUACAGCUGACCAGGAAGUGCCCCACUCUGUUCUUCCAGAGCAGUCAGCUGGAGACUUUGACUUUAAUGAAUUCGUCAAUCUUGAGAAGACUGUGCCAGGACUGGUCUCUAUGAUAGAGGAUGUUUUGGGAGAGGGACCUGUAUCAGCUAGCCGCUUCAGUCAAUUCUUUUCGCGUAACCUAAGCCCAUCAGGCAGCCAGUCUAGCAGUUUGAGGUCCACUCCUCACGAGGAACUGGAAAAUCUUCCUGGACCUGAGCCACAUUGCAGAUCUUCAGGCCGUGGCCCUGCCUUAUACUUCACACCUAUUCACUCGGCAGAAUGCAAGGAAAAAGUGGAUAUCAUGGAGCUGCUGCACAAGGCCAAAAUAGACCUGAAGCCCCUUCUGUCCACCCUCUCAGUCAACAAAGCUCGGCUACGAGAAAGUUGUAAGUGCUAUGCUAACUCGGGGGUGGUGCUCUCACUGGAAGAAGUGGAGGGGGAAAUGAAGGGGAUGAAACUUGGUUCAGAACCACAUGUGCGAAAGGUGUCACCUCCACAGAGAGGAAAUGGCACUCCCUUCAUGGCUGAGCAUUUAGAGGAGGCAUUAACUGGUGGUUCAAGUAGCCAUCCACGCUCGCGUGACACAGACAUGUCAGCCUUUAAUAAGCUGGUCAGCAGCAUGAAGGCAAGUGGAACUCUACCAACUCACCCCAAACCCAACACGAGCAAUCCGCAACCAUCAGACCAAGGUGUAGUGACACUGUCUGAUGCUCACAUAUCUACUCAGCAUCAGAAAAGCAUAUUCCAGGAGCUCUUGGAGGGUCGUCGUAGCUCCCCAUCACCUUUAGGUGGUCUGUUGGCGAACUCGGAGGCUCCUGUGACUGCAGCCCCUCUUCAUGGCUUACUACACAAGGGCCCAUCACCUCCUCUUUUCCCACAGAGGGGACCCUCUCCUGACUAUUUCAGCAGCAGGUUGCCACCUUCUGCAGGAUUUCCUGUUGGUCCUCAGCACAUGCUGCCUGAACAGUUUGCUGAUGUACACAGGUCUAUCAGCCCUGCACAGCAACAGAUGAGGGCGCACUCAAGGCCUAUAAGUCAGGCUGACCUGGAAGCCCUGGCUUUCCAGCAGGACCUUGCUCUACAUGCCCACCACUCAUUCCUGUCUGGUUACAACAAGCAGCAACAGGACAGGGCUCUUCGAAAUAGACCACAGCGUGUCAAUCGUUCCCCGGGACCUCAGCCUGCUGGAAGAAAUUCUCCAGGAAAUGCUGUAACUAGCAUGCUGUCCCCAUCAUUUACACCCACAUCUGUGAUACGCAAAAUGUAUGCAACAAAAGAAAAAAGCAAAGAUGAGCCAUCAUGCCGUACAGAGACUAAAGAGGAAGUAGCAGCAACACAAUCCCAAGAUGGUACGGAGUGCAGCAGUUCUCCUAAUCUGUUCCUGGAAGCAGUGGAUGACAAUGUUGCCCAGCCUGGGGGGGUAAAGGGCAGCUCACAGAACUUGCAAAGCAAGGACCAAGCACGUCUCAGGCCUGGCUCCGCUGGACACCAUACACCCACUAUGGUACCUCCAGGGCCAUCUUCAUCGUUCCCUCGUCCCAUCUACCCAGUACCACUGCUAUCCCAUGUACCCAUGGUGCGCCCACCUCCUCAACUCCACCCUAAUGUGGUUCAGCGAAUGCUGGCACAGGGGAUCCAGCCCCAGCAGCUCGGACCUGCACUUGUGCAAGCAGGUAUAUGUCCACCCCAUGUUGACCUUGCACAACUUCAAGGCUUGCCUCCUUCCCUGCUUGGACAGCCACUGUAUUCUUUAAAUACAACAGGGCAUCCACUUCUACCUCCCAGAGCCAAUACUCAGAUGCAGUUAGCAGUUAUGCAGCAGCAACUUCAGCAGCAGAGGCCGGUACACCCCAUUGUCCCAGGCAGCCAGUCUCAGAGCCAUGGCCCCCAUCGGACAAAUGGCUCCCAGCGCCACGGGGGCAGCCCCCCCUUAGGCCUUGCCAAGUGGUUUGGAUCAGAUGUGCUAGAGCAGCCUCUGCCCUCCAUGCCAGCCAAAGUCAUCAGUGUAGAUGAAUUGGAGUUUCGGCCAUAAGAAAAUUAACAAUGUGCUGUAAAGUGAGCUUUUUUUUUUUCUUUUUUUUCCUUUGCCUAUCCACCUCUUGGUUCUGUGAAUAUGUGAAGUUAUUUGAAGAAUGGUGCACAGAACAGGACAUUCUGGCCAUGUUUGGUCUUAAACCUUAAAGUCACUGCUUUUUUGAGAGACAAGUGAAUCUGUUUUGCCAGCUUUUUUUUUUUUUUUUUUUUUUUUUUUUUUUUUUUGUAUUAGGAAGUAAAUAAUGUAUAGACCCAAUUGUACAGACCAUGGGAAGGACUCUUAUUCUGUGUAUAUAGCUAUGGUGUUUUGUUUUUUUUUUGUUUUUUUUUUUCUCUUGGGAAGAUGGAAGUAUAUCACAGUUUCAGUUUAACUGCAGGACUAUGUCACUUAAGGCUGGUAGCAUUCCUUUUAUGUCCACCUUUAAAUUCCCCUAACCUAUACUGAAAGAGGGUCACUACUGAUGAAAAAUGGCGGAUUUGAGUGACGAGUGCACGUAUUACCUUUCUGUAGAGGGAUAAUCAUAAAGAUUCUUUAAUGGGGAUGCAGCAAGCUGGUUGUGCCUUUUGUGUGUGUGUGUGUGAUAUAUUUUUUUUCCCCUCCUUUUUAAACUUUUUCCAAUCCUGUCGGGGGGUGGGGGGCUUCACUGCUCAGUCAUUUAAAGGUGGUUGGGAUUCAGUUUAUGUGCUAUUAAGUUAUAAAAAGCACAAGUAGAAUUAAUAAAAUCUUGAGUAAAACA